GAUGGAUCUCGGAUGUACAACAAGAGACAGUUCUGUCUGUAUUGCGGGUCUUCUUUCCUAAAAAUCGUGAAGCAUUUGGAGCGUAAACACAAAAAGGAGCUGGAGGUAGCAAAAGCACUUAGUUUCCCAAAGGGCUCAAAACAAAGACGCGUGCACUUAGAAUGUCUCAGAAACAAAGGUAAUUUUGCACAUAAUGCUGAAGUUUUGAAAACGGGCACAGGAAAACUGGUUGCACGCAAGCAGCCAAGAGAAGAAUCCCAAGCACAAGACUACAUGCACUGUCUCUACUGUCAAGGGUUAUUUAUGAAACGUACAAUGUGGAGACAUUUUCAGAUUUGCAAAUUCAAACCUGUCGAUCCCAAACCGGGAAAAACUAGAGUCCAAGCCCUCUGUGCCUUUGCAGAACCCACACCUGCUGGAGUUUCGGAAGAGCUAUGGAAACUGGUGAACAACAUGAACCAGGAUGCUGUUGCACAUGCAGUCAGAAAUGACUGGUCAGUGUUUCCCCUACCAUUGUUCAGGCCUGGCGGGUUGCCAGGCCAACGAGCACCCCCGCCAGGCCAACAACCGGCCAAAAAAAAUAAAAUAAUUUAACAAUUUUAAAAAAAUUAAAAAAAAAAAUAAAUUAAAAAAAAAUUAAAGAAAAUGCGGUGUUGCGCGUGCGCAGAUGAUGCCCCAUCAUAACGGACAAUCUGACAGCAUUAAGUAAUAUCAUCAUUAGCAUGGCACCACCAAAAAAACGUAAAAGGGAUGAAGGACAAAAAGGUAUUUCAAGGUUCUUCCUAAACACGGUGCCAAACGAGAGUACAGGUGGGGAAGAAGGGCGAGUGACAGGUGUGGAGGAACAAGUCAGAGGGGCAGAGGGAGGAGAUCAUUAUCUCCUCCCAACACUUGUCAGUGUUGAAUCAUUAUCAACCUGUGAUGGCUAAGCAAGUGUUUUAUAUGGAAAUAACCAACAAAUACUCUAGCAUCCCGUGAAAAAUGUAUAACAAAUCACACUAUCAGCUCUUACCACCGGGCCUAAAAAAAAGUCUAGGGGAAACACUGCUGGUGCAUCAUGGAGAUGGGGAAGCACCUCUACAACAAGCAUGGAUUUGAAGUUGAUAAGCACGAAUAUAUCCGGCAAGUGUUAAGGGAGCUUGGCAGACUUUGCUUACAUGGUGGAGAGGUCACAAACAUGAAGACGAUCAAAGAAUAUGUCAUACCAGCGAACUUCAUGCAGACAGUCGAUGCAGUGAAACACACAGCACAAGGCAAUAAAGGUAAUUCCAAAUCGCUUCCUCUGAAACUUGGACACAGCCUCAAGAGGAUGUCUAUGCUCCUGGAGAGUGAUGCAAUCAUUAAAGGAGACAAGGAUGGCGCAGAAGAAGCUCGAGCCUUUCGAAAUCUGUAUGAUGCAAAAUGGCACGAGCUUGUGUCAGUCACAUCUUUGAAGAGCCUCAAUGAGUCCAAGUGGAACGCCCCCCAGCUGCUGCCUUUCACAGCAGAUGUGCAGAAGUUGCACAAUUACCUGGAUGAGAAGCAACAGCAGUACCAACAUGAUUUAGAAUCUGAGGCGUCAUCGCACAACUGGGCCACCCUGGCAAAGGUGACUCUCGCACAGGUUAUCUUAUUCAACCGGCGUAGAGAAGGUGAGGUGUCCAAAAUGUCCCUUUCUGCAUUCACAUCAAGAGACACAUCAGCACCUCACGAAGACGUCAACCUCGCUCUCUCUGAGCUCGCGAAAAAAAAAUCUGCCAUCAUUUUACCAGAAUAGAAAUGAGAGGAAAGCGAGGUAGGAAAGUUGCUAUCCUCCUAAGCCCAGUGAUGUAUGAAGCACUCAACAUGCUACAUCAAAAGAGAAAGGAGUGUGGCGUCCUCAAAGAAAACGCAUAUGUGUUUGCCAGACCAGGAGUGAUGUCGCACUACAGAGGGUCAGAUUGCAUCCGCCAGUUUGUCCAACUCUGUGAUGUCAAGAAUCCUCUCACUCACCUCAACAAGACUGAGGAAGCACAUGGCUACCUUAUCUAAAGUACUAAACCUUCAGGAGACAGAGCUUGACCAGCUGGCGGAUUUCAUGGGCCACGAUAUUAGAGUGCAUCGGCAGUUCUAUCGGUUACCAGAGGGCACCCUUCAACUGGUCAAGAUCAGUAAAAUUCUGAUGGCCAUGGAGCAGGGCCGCCUUGCAGACUUUCAAGGCAAGAGCCUUGAGGAGAUCAACAUUGAUCCGACUGAAACAAUCCAGUUGGACAAGCAUACGGAGUCUGAAGAUGACCUUACAGAUGAGGUGUAUGAACAAGACAUGGAAGUUUCUGAUGUCAGUCUGGCACGAAGCAUGGAGCAGAAACGAAGUGGGUCUCCACAAGAAAAUGAAGGGGAGAGUAAUUCCGAUGGAGACGACAUCCCUGUCCAAAAGAAAAAGUCCAAGACCAUUUGCAAGCCACAGAAGAAGAGGCCCUGGGAAACUGAGGAGACAAAUGCCGUUGAAAAGCACAUGAGGAACUUCAUUUUGACCUGCAAUGUUCCAAGAAAGGAAGACUGUGAUAAGUGCCUUAAAUCAGAGCCAGAAGCACUAACAAAUAGAGACUGGAAGGCACUCAAAUUCUACAUCAAAAAUAGAAUUACUGCACUGAAAAGGAAAAUGUAAAACAUUUCAGUUUUCAUCAGGUACAAUAGAGAGAAAUGGGGGAGAGGGGGACAGGAGAUAGAGUGAGGGGGGG